CCUGGCACCGUAAAUGUUAUUUAUGAAUGCCUACCGCUCACGGGCGUGUGCACGCACAUUCGUUAUUAUUAUGUUUUAAUAAUUACAAGACAUUGGACAUUGAUUACCACCGAUGCUAAGGACUGACACGGAUCCUGCGUUGCCCGCUGUGUGCGGUUAAAUCCAGACUUUAAUUCAUUGUGGUGGGUUUGGUGCUGACAGCGGAGAGCGGCGGCGGCGGCGGCAGGCGGAGCGGUGCUCUUUAAUAAUACUGGGUCAAUACACCGAGUACCGCCGCUGUCUGCCAGCCCGCUGCAUCACCCCGUCACCCGGAGGUGCUGCCCGAUAAGGUGCGUUGCCGGGGGCAACAGCUGACUGACAAUGUCCUUGUGAGAGUGGGCGGGGCUACCUGGCCCUGAGGUGGUAAGGAGGAGGAGUCUCAACCCUCAGCCCCUCCCAAUCUCUCCUCCUGCGACGGACCGAACGGACGGACACACAAACGGGUGUGGCUCUCCCCUCCCUCCUCCUCUUCCUCCUCCUCCUUCCCUCUUGUCCCCAUUCUCUCCCCAUCCUCUCUCCUUCUCCUCCCCCAUCUCCUCCCUCGACCCCAUCCCCUGCCACCAUGCUGUGGUCACGCUGCUGGUGGAGAGCCUGAGGAAGCAGACUCUGGAAGGCGACCCUGCUCAGCCAGGGGACUUCUACCUGUCCCUGCUGGACCCGAAAACCCUCGCAGAGUGCUGGCCCCCAGAUGGCUUGAUGCCUGAGAGCAGCUACUGGCAGCUCUGCCCUCCCUCCAAGUCUGGCCUGCAGGGGGGGUUACUGAGCUCUAGUUUCCCCCCCGGCCCCGUGCCUCUGGUGCCCCCAGAUGCUCACCUGCAGGAGGGGGGCGACCCCCUGGACGGUAACCCCUCUCAGCCACAGCAGCACCGGCCCCUGGCGCCCAGCACCUCAGCAUCCGAGCUGUCCCUCCCCGGAGCGCCAGUGCCCCCUCCCGGCCCCGGCCCCGGGCCCCCUCCACCUCCUCCCCCGCCACCCAAACGGCACUGCCGUUCACUGUCGGUGCCCGAGGACCUGUCGCGCUGCCGCUACACUUGGCGGCCCAGUGCCUCACGGGUCUGGACUCCUGUCAGUCGCCAGCAAUGCCAUGGGGGAGCGGUUACAGGUGGGGGCGCAGGGGCGGGAGGAGGGGGUAUAGGGGCAGGUGUGGCAGGGGGAGGAGCCUGUCCUCUCCGUGCUCCCAGCUCUUCUCUGAACUCGUCACUGCACUCCUCAUCAAGUCCAACUUUCUUCAGCCUGGCGCUGUCUCCAGACUCCCCACUGCCCUGGAGCUUCCCCUGGGACCCCAGCGAGGCGGCGGCAGGGGGAGGAGCCUGCUGCUGCUUCUUCCCCUCCCCCUCCUCCUGUUCCUCCUCGCCCUCUCCCCUCCACCCGCCUCCCCCUCCUCAGAGGCGUUUCUCCCUCUCCCCCGUGCUCAUCAGAGACUCGGCGGCCUCCACGUUCCUUCCCCCGCCUCCUGUGCCGAGCCAAGCGGCAGCACGUCCUCCGAGUUGCUCGGCCGUGGCUGGAGCGACCGUGGGGGGCCCGGUGCCCGCCUCACCCUCCUCAGCUUGCAGCACGCCGUCAUCUCUGCGCCGCAGUCUGCCACCGCAGCUGCCUCGAUGCCACUCGCAGCCCUGCGACCUGCUGCUGCUUAAACCAGGUCUGAAGAGACGCCGUGACCCCGAUAGACCCUGCGCCCGACCUGUCCUCGACUUCACUAAGAUGACUCAGACCCGCAGCAUCGACCCGCAGUGUCUGGAGCGUGGCGGUAGGCUGGCGUGUGGAGGCGACGUCUGCAUGGGCAUGGAGUCCUUCAUGGGCGACUUCAGGGGCUCCUGCUCACCUGCCGAGUGCCUGGGCAGGACCAGCAUUGGGCCGCUGAGCGAGAGCGACGAGGAGUGCCGUGAGGACGACGAGGACGACGACGGCGAAGAGGAAGCCGAGGAGCGCGAGGCGGCGCAGCAGGCGGUGUUUGAGAGGGAUUGUACAGAACUCGACUUGAACUUAAUAGAAGAAAACUGACGCAUUUGUAAAUGGAAGGCUGUUCUCUGUUUCAGUUUUAUAAUUUUGUUUUGUUUUAAAUUGAUCUGAAACCCCUCCCCUCUUCCUGGACCGCCAUCGUCUCAACACUCCGCACCUCCUUGCCACCAAUCAGCAAGGCUCUCAGGAACAACACCUUCUCUCAUUAGAUGAGCUGGGGUAAACGAAGCUGAUUGAUGACGACAGUGAUGAUGUGACUACCACCGGUAAAGACUCGGCGCUGUGGAAUCCUCCUGGCUGCUUUUUAACAUUUGUUAAAGCUAUUGGAAAGUUCGUUUUUAAAAUAAGAGUAAUUUUGGUGAUGAGAGGGAAGUCUUAAACCUGCAUCUGACAUUCAGUUACCAAAAUGAUCUCCGUGUCAUUAUGCUAACACACCAACAAGCCAUUGUUCAGGUACCUGAAGCCCAGAUGCAGAGUUUUUCUCUCCUCUGUGACUGGAUUCAAACUGUCCAGGUGCGUCUUGGAGUCCAGGUGUCUUCCAACACACAGCUGCUGAGUCUCUGUAACACACUAAUGUCUGAUAAGGCUGUCGCCGCACUGCAGCGCUAACCUGACACGUCAUCACCACGUCCAUCACACAGUCCUGCACCGCAACACAAGGCCUUAUCUCAAAGAGCAGCUUUCACCUGCAGUCAGGAUUUAAAGGGUCAGUUCACCCAAAUUAAAAUUACUUAUUUCUUCAUCUAAGUUCAACUCGAGACAUUAUUUCCAAAAUUAACAAAACUAAUCCAUGUUAUGAUUUCAACCUGAAUUUCGUGGCUAUAAUUAUUUAAACAGCUUGGUGUUGCUACACUACACUACAAAAUAAAUGCACUUUAUUUUACUAUAUCCAGUCACAGAACAUGACUCCUCUGAGGGGCCAAAUGUCUUCAGCAGCACUCGACAAACUCGUAACAUUGGAAUCUGAUUUUUUUUUUUGGUGAAAUUUGAGCUUAUUUUUGUUUCAGUCAACGUUUUUGUUGUGCAUUUAGGCAUUUUGAGCUGCCUCCAAAAAAUACCAUUAGGAUCCCGAUUGGGUAUUUGGUUUCAGCCAUUACAAGUAAUAGUUUUUUUUUCUUUGGGACUUCAAUGCGAAUAUUCAGCAACAAAUCUAUCUCAGAAACAACAAGGACAAGCGUCCCGAGCUGAUGUUGACGAUAUGCUCUGUGUCUUUGUAUUUUGGGUGAGCUGACCCUUCAAUCAAUAGAAUGAUAUGACAUUAUUAAGGUAUUAAGUAGUUGACUUGUUGGUUGGAAAUAAGUGGAAUGUCACUUGAUCUUUAAAUACACACAAGUAGAGCAGCUUAGGCUGAAUAUUAAUAACCCAGCAUCUGAUAAACAUUUAUUCGAGGUAAAUACAUUUAUCACAGCCCAAUGUCUCAAAUAGAGAUUUUCAGUAUUUUAUUUGAGUAAAACAUUUCAUUAAGAGUGAUCAGAAUCAGUAAUCUUUUAUUGGCAUACCAUAAACAGCUCAAAGACAAAAACAUUAUUGCAGAUGAACUACACUCUACAUGUCACAGUCAUGUGAGCUCAGCGAUGUGAUCGGUGUGGCGUUCAGGUUCGCUGCUGUUUCGCGGUGUCAUCCCAUCAGGCUUCACUGAGGGCAGGUAGCCACUGAUGCUGUUGUUCACCUGAGUGUUCACACAUUCCUGUCACACGCCUGUCACUACACUCACUCCUGCUCAUUUACCCAUUGUGUGUCUCUCUCUCUCUCUCUCUCUCUCUUUCUCUCUCUCUCUCUCUCUCUCUCUCUCUCAUCAUGAUCCUGAUGGUCAUGUGACUUCUGUCCAGAUUAAAUCCGGAUUGUGUCCUGAUAAUAUAUCUUUACCCGACAGUCUGUGUUAACUCUCAAUUUAAUCUAAACAACUUUUGUGGACACACAAGGCAAGUUUCCUAAAUGUUAACCAAAUUUAUGGAAAAUGCUCAACAGAAAAACAGUUUCUUAAUGUCUGAAAUGUAGGAAAUAAAAAGCUGGUUGAGCUAAUUCCGAGUCAGUGCCAUAAAGCCACUGCGGAUGAAGAAGAGGUGUUUGAAAGAGUAUCAGUCAAAGCUGGAAAAAAAUAAAAGCUAUUAUUUUGAAGCCAGAGCUUUAGAUAAAAAAACAAACCUCACAGCCAUGGCAAAAUGUACACGAUAUGAAUUAACAAUUGCAUUAAUGAUAGAAAAUUUUAAAAAUCAUGCUUUCCUGCAAAAAAAGAAAUAUUUUAACAAGCUGGAACAAUUAAAGUUAAAUGUUAAACAUUUUUCAAUGCUUUAUAAUAUACUUUAUGAAAUUCCUUAAUUUAAUUGCAGGUGCUUUUAUCUAUCAGGAUUUAAUCUUGAUGCUGAAGAUGCACAUAACCACCAGCACUAAAAGUGAUUUCUGGAGAGUUGUCUGAAAAUGCUUGCAAGUUAUGCCGAUAAUUUUUUCCCCUCAGAUUUUCACUUGAAACCCUCAAAAAAAAGAACAAAAAUGUAAUGUUUAAGGUCUCUCAACCUGAGCAUCCAGCUGCACUGCUGCAUAAAGGACCACAAGGCUUAUUUUACAUUUUAGAACUUUUCUAUUGAGAAUCAUUCUUCACAUUCCUGCUGAUCACUUCAAAUCUGUGAUUUCCUUCCAUCUGGGCAGCCAUUUUGUUUCCCAUAGUUUCUAUGAAAAUCAAACUGCAGUGAGAUAAUCCAUUACACUCAGUGUUGUAUUUUAGUUUUUCAAAAUGAUUUUCAUGGGGUGAUACAGCUGAAAACAAACCUCUAUUCAGUGAUGCAUUCAGGGACACUCUAAGGUCUGAGAGCUGCCGGAAAGAGAGUCAAACCCAGAAGACAAUCACCAAGUAAACAACAUAUAAAAAAUGUUAAAAAAAGAAAACGUGUGUUUGGUCGCUUCGGUUCAGCAGAUGACUCUCAGAUGUAAAAAUGUCCCUGGAUGCAAAAAGGGAAAAGAGGUACAAUUUAAUAAACUUUCACUAAAAAGUAAGGAUGUUCAAAUGCUGACUGUGAUGGAUUAUCAUCAUUUAUAAUUGUGGCAACUUUACUGUUAAACUUUCAGAUAUUUGUUUAAGCUCAACAGCAGCAAAUUCACUCUGUAAGAGAUUGUUUUUGUGUUAGUGAGUUGUUUCACUUAGAGGGUUUCAUUUUGAAUGAGUGUUCCUUCUAUGUCUAAUGUUAGAUUUUAUCCGUCUCAUCGUUGGGGGGAAAUAUGAAAAUAACGUGUAUUUUUUAACUGAGAAACAUCCUCUUGCACUCUUAAAGGAACAGUUCAACUUAUUGACAAAUAUGUUCACAUUUUGUUGAGAGUGAGACGUGCAGGUGAAUAUCAGUGUCAAGUACGGAAGCCGGAGUCGGUAUGUGGUUAGCCUAGCUUAGCAUAAAGACUGGGAACUACUAGCAUGUUAAUAUGCUAAUGUUAGCAUUUAAGUCUAAGCACAGCUGUGCCUAGGUAGUUGCAGAAUUUGUUUGUCUUCACAUUAAACAAACGAGGCACGGUGUGUUAAUUAGUGAACUUAAGAGAUGUUGGUGGGUUUAUUUUUUUAAUUUUGGUUUUCCCCUGCUUCAAGUCUUUCUGCUAAGCUAAGCUAACAAUGUCCUGACUCCAGUUCUGUACAGCUAGACAAUGUUAUUCAUCUGAACAUCUCUAAGAGAGGGAGAGAAUGAGACUAUUUACAAAAAGGUUGAACUACUCCUUUAAGGUAAGGUGAAACUUUGCUAUAAGCUAACAUGUUAGCUUCAUGUGCUCUCACUUAGAAAUUCUAACUUCAGCCGGAUUCACAAAGCAAUUGAGAAUCAGAGAUUACAUUUAAAAAUGCAGAAACGUGUCCAGAAAUCUACAUGUCACACACGCACAUAUGAACACAAUGUUGUUGUAACACACAUAUACAAACACUGUCUCCCUGUAAUGCAUGUAUACAAAAACAAUGCCCCCUUAGCACACAUAUACAUACAAUAUGUCCCAGUUACACACGUAAAAUAAUAAUAUACAGUUGUUUUUCCUGUGGCACACAUGCAAACAAUAUGUUUCAGUAACACAAACAUGAAAACAAUAUACAAAGAGCAUGUCCCUGUAACACACAUACACAACACAGGGUCACAAUAACACACAUAUAAACACAGUAUCCCUGUACCACACAGUGUCCUGGUAUCACGCAUAUUCACACACGUUUACAGACAUGAAACACACAUAUGAAACACACUAAUGCAAACACAAUGUCCCCCUAACAGACACUAAUGUAACAAACACACACACUAGUAUUGACUUAAUAACACACAGCGCCCCUGUUACACGCAAAUACACAGUGUCCGUGUAACAGACAUUAAAUAUGUGCAGUGUAUCUGUAAUGCACAUGUACACACACACACACACACACACGCAUUGUCCUUGUAACACACAUAUAGAGACAGUGUCCCCAUAGCACAGAUAAACAAACGCCCUCUCCACAAUUCCUCCUGGUUUGUCGGUUUGUCUCUGUUGAUCACUCCAUAACACCCAACAUAAGCCUUAACUGAACAUAUUCUAUUAUUCUGUAAAUCAAAACAUGAAAAAGAAAAAAAGGAAAAGACAAAACUUACGGAGAAGAAAAGGAAAUGUGUACUGUAGCUGUUAAAUUUUUAGUCCCUCUGUUCAUUAUUUUCUGCUGUUUUUUCUUAAUAUUUCUAAUCUGAUGUCUGAGCGUGACGAGUUGUCGGCGAUGAAUGCAUCGUGUUUGAAAAAAUAAAAAGCUUCAGGACGGAGGAAGAGCUGCGAAUGGAGGAGCAGUCAUGUACAAAGUUAGUGGAGCGACUCGGACAUCUCUUGUCUUUUAGAAAUGUUUUUUAUUGUAUGUGAUUAAAAAAAAGAACAAUGACAA